AUGUUGAAAAGAGGAGAUGUUGUUGGAGUCAUCCUAGCUGGCCUUUUGAUCGUUUUUCUGGUUUCGCUGGUUUGGCGAUUCAUUUACGAAACAAAACUGCAUCGAAGGCACAAGUCGAAAAUGAUGGAAAUUCGAGCUGGAGAGACGAAACAGUCUUUUGCCAAAAUGUCGCUGCAGAUGACCAUGGCAAUGGUCAAUCCGGACGGACAACAACACUUGGCGACGUACUCGCGUCCGAAAAUCUUCAAGAACCUCGAAGAAGAGCUGCUGAAUUACUGCUGA